ACUCAUAAUUGAAUUGAAGUUCAAAUCGCAUCGCAGGUUGCAUUUGCAGCCGCAGAUCACUUCGCCCGCCCAAACUCCUCUUUCUUCUCCCCCAAACUAAUUUGAAAUCCACUUAAAUCUCUCUGCAAUCUAAUCUUCGAUCUACUCAAUUCAGAUGGCUGCCAACGCUGAUUCUGCUCCGUCUCCUCUUUCUUCGAAGAAAGAGAACUUGACACCAGUUAAUUCAAAGAUUUCGGAAUUGAGAGAAUCGCGAGCAGAACUGUUAGAUAGAAUUCAAAAUUUGAAGAAUGAUCUUCAAAGUUGGAGAUCAAAAUUAGAUACUCAAGUUAAAAGCUACCGUGAUGAGCUUUCAGAUCUGAAGAAAACAUUGAAUGUGGAAGUGGAUCAGCUUCGAUCUGAAUUUCAAGAACUAAGAACAACUCUUCAACAGCAACAAGAAGAUGUUACUGUUAGUUUACAGAACUUGGGUUUGCAGGAUGUUUCAGGAGAUGUUAAAGAUACUGAAGGUUCAAAGGUGGAAGGAGAUAACAUAUGAAACAAAGUUUGAAUUAAGAGGCCAUGGCAUGUCCUUAAUCGUCUUUUUACCCAAUCAUAUUCAUGUGUCAAUUUUGUAUUGCCUAAAGAACAUGGUAUUAUCAUCAUCAUCAUCAUCUAUUCAUGAUUAAUCCAAACAUCUACCAUUUUAUUAAUGGAUCUUGCAAUGAUUAGUGAUUAGUUAUUAUUUCUA